GAAGGUUUGACCGUCAUUGAGGCCGAUAGUUUUUGGUGCUUAUCCAAAUUGCUUGACGGUAUUCCGGAUAAUUAUACAUUUGCCCAGCCGGGAAUACAACGUCAAAUAAAUAAAUUGAAGGAUUUAAUUAAUAGAAUUGAUGAGCCCCUGGCAACACAUCUACAAGAAGAGGGCUUGGAAUUUAUACAAUUUGCUUUUCGAUGGAUGAAUUGUUUGCUCAUGAGAGAGAUGUCGCUAAAGAACACCAUAAGGAUGUGGGAUUCUUAUUUGGCUGAGGGACCGGAUGGCUUUUCGGAAUUUCACUUGUAUGUGUGCGCUGCAUUUCUGGUCAAAUGGUCGAAUAAAAUAAGAUCAAUGGAUUUCCAGGGAAUCAUGAUGUUCUUACAGUCACUACCAACGUCCGAUUGGAAUGAAAAGGAUAUUGAACUUUUACUAUCAGAGGCUUACAUGUGGAAAAGUUUAUUUCACAAUGCACCUAGUCAUUUAUCAAGAGCAUAG